CUUGCAGUAAAGAUUCAAAAGCUAAAGGCUUCCGUUUUCGAUGCCCCGAUGCAAUCAUGGCAACGAUCCUACAAGUCAAGACCGAAGACUUCGGCCAGACGAGGCCGGAGGAGGGGUAGUUAGAGGCCAUCCCUUCGCCUCCUCCCCAAGCAGAGAGGCCAUUCACCGACUGGGCGACUCCCUGACUCGCCCUGAAAGACCGAUAACAAUUGCUCGUGGGGUCAAUCAGUCCUGCCAAUGGCACUACUCCCAAUAGGAUCGAUCUCAAGGAGCAUUACCCCACACGACUUGUCGCUCCGGAGUAUGGUAGGCAAGUUUUGCUGCUGGAUGGGUGCCACUGCCGAGGAGCAAUGGGUGUUUUCCGAUGAGGAGCAACGUGGGGCUAAUACAUUUGCCCGCAGAAGGCAAGUCGACACCAACAAGCUCUGGAUUCGUUCUUCUCGCAACACAGGUGACGAAGUGAACCCGGAAAGCUGCACAUGCAUGGAUCUGGCUGUCCGUGACCAUCGGCAGUCGAUCGAACCAAUGCCCAGUGAAAUGAUAUAGCAUAAAAGUCCACGCGACACGGUUGGCUUCCCUGUUUCUUAUCCCGACCUCUGUCGUUACGGUCGAAACUGCUGCACUCUCCGACGUCCUGUCUUUGCUGCCUCACCAGAAUGGAUAGCGUACGCCCGUCCGUCGAUAACUCGCUAGUGGCUCAGACUCUGGCCUUUGCGAAGGCUCAUUUCAUUUUCGUCGCUUUUGUGGCCAUCGUCCUCCGAGGGCUGUACAAGCGAUAUGCUUCUCCUCUUAAAGACGUACCAGGACCUUUUUUGGCGUCAUGCACCAGACUAUGGAAAGUAUGGAGUACUUAUAAUGGCCACACCGAACUCGAUCACAUCGCUUUGCACAAGAAAUAUGGACCAAUCGUUCGAACGGCUCCGAACGAGGUGUCUUUUGGAACCUGUAAUGCAGCCAAGGACAUCUUUGCUGUGGGCAAAGGCUUCCACAAGACUAUGUUUUAUAGCGUUUUUCCACCAAAGCAUGCGCCGGAUAUCUUCACCGAAGUUCGAGAAUGGAAGCAUGCGCAAAUGAAGCGUUACGCUGUAACUCCAUAUAGUUUGGCACAGAUGCAGAAACGAUCAGGCCCGAUCGAGGACAUGAUCAUGCUCCUCAUGCAGCAUCUGGACAAGUACUCCGCUGAUUCCAGCAAAGUCUGCAACCUGGGGAAUUUGUUGCAUUAUUUCGCAUUCGAUGUAUUGGGAGAGGUGGCAUUCUCCAAACAAUUCGGUUUCUUGGAAGCCGAAGUCGACAUUGAAGGUUCGAUCAAGAACAUCGACGACGUCCAGUGGUACGAUGGCAUUGUCGGCCAGAUACCCGAGACCGACAUCCUCUUCCGGAACAAUCCGUUGCGACCAUAUCUGCCAUUCUGGAAACCGAGCCCAACGACCAUGACCAAGAUCGCCGUGGCAGAACUCGAAAAACGGAAACAAAAGGAUGGCACUUACGAUUCCUCGGGAAUCGAUCUCCUAGCGGAAUUGCUCAGGGCGCACGAUGGAAACCCGGACAAAUUCAGCGUGCAGGAUGUGUUCAGCAUCGCGCACGGAGCAGUUUUCGCCGGCUCCGACUCGACAGCGUCGACAAUGCAGUCCUUUUUCUACAUGGUGCUCAACAGGCCGGAAGCGUACUCCAAAUUGCAAAAGGAAGUCGAGGAAGCACAGAAGUCUGGCCAACUUUCGGAAGUCGUCACCUACGCCGAAGCACAGAAACUCGACUACUUCCAGGCCUGUCUCAAGGAGACUUUCCGGGUGCGGCCGGCCGUCGGACUGGGCAUUUACCGACAUGUGCCUCCCGAGGGAGUCAUGAUUGACGGAAGAUACUACCCCAAGGGGACCGAGGUCUCUGUCAACGGAUGGGUGCUGCACCGUGAUAAGACCAUCUUCGGAGACGACGUCGAGGAGUUCCGGCCAGAGCGGUGGUUCGAGCGAGACGCCAAGUUGAUGACUGGACAUUUGUACAAUUUCGGUGGUGGGAGUCAUCUGUGCAUUGGGCGCAACCUUGCGCUGUUUGAGAUGAACAAGGUCUUGAUCCAGAUUUUGAGGGAGUUUGAUAUCAAGCUCGUGCACCCGGGACGACCUUUGGAGUAUCAUUCGACCUUCUUCGUUGUGCAGGAAGGACUUGAGGUCUAUCUGAAGAGGCGGAGCGAAGGAAAGUUCUGAUGGAAGCAGACGACAUAUGGUUACUCCGUUGCCCAGACCCGCUCGCGACACAUGCACCUAAUUGAAAAUGCCAAAGGCUAUUGUGUUGGGCAUAUCAUUUUUUGCUGUGACAUGGAAGUUGCAUGUGGCCAUUUGUGCCCAAGCCCAAUUCCCAUUCAUUACCUUCAGAAAUGCUACAGGGAAGAAAGUCGUGCAUGGGUAGUAAACCUGAGACAGUACGAGUAGCUGGGGAACGCGGUUGGACUGUGGCGCUACAAUUGGCGACGACCUUGUCAGCCUCGCUGGUGGCCUUAA